CUCUUCCUCUCACGGUGCUUCCCUUUCUUUUUCCUUGCAGCACGACACUCCUGUCGAUCAAACCAGAAACUCGGAGUCUCCAACCAUGGGCGUCACGGACACCACUCAACAAGCCUUCGACCGAGCCCAAGAGCUCAAGCAAUUCGAUGAAUCCAAGCAAGGAGUCAAAGGUCUCGUUGACUCCGGUCUCACCUCCAUCCCUUCCCACUUCAUCCACCCACCCGAGACCCUCUCAAGCCUCAAGACCGCCCAGCCCAGGCCCGAUUCGAUCCAUUCGAUCCCUAUUAUCGACCUCUCCGGCUGGGACUCCUCCCGCCGGCCCUCCAUCAUUGAAGAAGUGGGACGCGUGUCUCGCGAGCUCGGCUUCUUCCAGGUAGUCAACCACGGUGUGCCAACGGAGGUUAUGGAUCGCACGACCACGGCCGUGAAGGCCUUCAACGAGCUACCGGCGGAGGCGAAGGCAAGGAUAUACAGGAGGGAGAUGGGGAGGGAGGGGGACACCGGCGUCGCGUACUUCUCCAACGUUGACUUGUUCCAUGCCAAAGCGGCUAGCUGGAGGGACACGCUCCAGAUAAGGUUGGAGCCGAAACCGGACAUUGCAGAGAUCCCCGAGGUCUGCAGAAAUGAGGUGAUGGAAUGGGAUCAGCAGACCCAACGCUUAGGACGCAUCCUGCUGGGACUGUUGAGCGAGGGGUUGGGAUUGAGUCCCGAAAAGCUACAGGAAUUGACAUGCCCAGAGAGCAGGGCGAUGGUAGGGAAUUACUAUCCAUGCUGUCCCCAGCCUAAUCUGACGGUCGGCUUGGCGUCCCACACGGACCCGGGAGUGAUCGCAGUGCUCUUGCAGGACCAAUUGCCAGGUUUGCAAGUGAAGCACGGGGACGAGUGGUUGGAUGCACCGCCCAUUCCCGGUGCUUUGGUUGUGAACAUUGGUGACAUCCUUCAGAUCAUGUCCAACAACGAAUACAAAAGUGCAGAGCACCGAGCAUUGGCCAACCCUAAUCGAGAGCCACGUGUGACAAUAGUCGUUUUCCACAACGUGAGCAAUGUGGAUACUCAGCUCGGACCGUUGCCGGAGCUCGUAUCCUCAGAUAAACCUGCUGCUUUUCGGCAGUUCACCAUGGGCGAAUACAGGAGGGCAUUCUUUACUACUGAGUUGGACGAUAGUCUGGUCCAUUACUUCAGGGCGUGAUUCAGAGGUGCAUGGGGCAGAAAAGAUGAUACGGGAAUAAGAUUGCUUCUUUGUUGCACUGGAGGAAAUACUGGAUUCUUCCCCUAUAUAAUACUGAGCAUUGAGCUUUAGAGUAUCUAUGUCCUAUAAUAUUUUGUUUCUUGUCAACGUCGGAACUUAUUUCAAAUAUAGCUUUCCCGAAUGUACUCUAAAAAAAUCACGUUCUCUAUCAUGUAGGGAACAGAAUAAUACGGCCCCUUUUUUGCUUCA